ACGUUUUACACACCGUAGUUUGUAGCGGAACCAUAGCGUGAGCGUAGCAAGCAUAGACGGUCACUUUUCACCGGCGCACUGAAGUAGCUUCCAUGACCAGGAACAGUUGACAACAACAUUAAGCUGAUGUUGGCCUCUCUGUCCACAAUGAUGUCACAUGGUUUCAAGAGCAGUAAGCAGGACUUCACCUUUGGACCAUGGAAAGUGACUGCUGCCAAAAACCACAUCAUGAAAUCCAAAGAUAUUGAACGGUUAGCAGAGGAGAUGACCAUGCCCUCCCUUCCAGAGAUGCUGUUUGGGGACAAUGUCCUGCGCAUCCAACACAAAGAUGGCUUCGGCAUUGAGUUCAAUGCAAUCGAUGCCCUUAAGAGAGUCAACAACAUGGAGGAUGCUGUCAAGGUGGCCUGUGCUCAGGAAUGGCAGGAGAGCAGAGCUGAUUCUGAACACUCCCAAGAGGUGGUAAGACCCUACGACUGGACAUAUACCACAGACUACAGAGGCACUCUGAUAGGACAAAGUACACAGAUGCAGGCGACUGAGACAGCGGAACGUAUCAACAUGGAGAAGCUGAAGGCUCGGGAACAGAUCAUGUUUUUUGAUGAGGUUCUCCUGUUUGAGGACGAGCUGCAUGACCACGGAGUCUCAAUGAUCAGUGUCAAAAUUAGAGUGAUGCCCACAAGUUUCUUCUUGUUGCUGCGUUUCUUCCUACGAGUGGACGGAGUGCUAAUCAGAAUAAAUGACACACGAUUGUAUCAUGAGGCUGGAAAGGAUUACAUGCUACGAGAGUUCAGCACAAGGGAAAGCAGCAUAGCAGAACUAAAGAAUGUUCCUGCUGCACUAUACACAGACCCUAAUGAGAUCGCCCAGCAUUUAACCUUGAAGCUGACAGAGUGUGAGAAGCUGGAACUUCCUGUGACGCAGCCUCAGACUGUCAAUGAAGGCCUUUAGUGAGCAGAAUACUGCUCACUAAUUACGUCCAUGUUGAUGUUGCAUGAUGAAAAAGAAUAAUAUUAGUGUUACAGUACAUCUGUAAUCUUACAGUAACAUAACCAUUGAUCUUCCCUUCAAAUAUCUGUACAGGAAUAGUUUUUUUAUAUGUGACCACUGUGAUGGUGUGUUCUUUAAACACUGCAAUCUGAUCUACAGUUUCAGUACAUUAUAUAUUAUGAUGUAAUAAUACCAUAUCAAAUUGCACUGUAAUAUCAGUGAAACUUUAACCCAUCGUCUCAGUUUAGGUUUUGUUCAUUUGAACUGAUUUUGUUUUAUGUGUACACUUUUCACUGUCAAAUUGAAUAGCCUUUUGACAUAAGACUCGAGAGGAUAGCUGUUUCAACUUGAGUAAUGUGUUUGUAAAAAUACUACAUAUAACAGCUUUGUAUUUUCUAAAGUGAAAGUAAUGAAGAAUUUCUGUAAAUAUGACUAUUGUAAUUUCUGCAGUGACUUGUGGAGGGUGCAGAAGAUUGUUUUCCAUUUGCAAGUAAAGAUCUCCAGAAUCAG